GAAAUGGCGUCCGUUCCGUGUGGGCUGCGUCUGUGCGCUUCGCGUGCUAAAUAAGCAGUUCAGCCACCAUGAACUCAGGCAGGCCACCAGCCACCUGGGAGGCUGGCCAAGCAGGUGCAGUGCCGUCACAGCCUGGAACAAGUGCCGCUCCAUCCCUGCCUCCACUCUCCACACCCAGCGGACCUCCGAUGGCCGUGGCCGGCCCGAGCACCCCAGUUCUAGCUGCUCCCCCGCCCAUCCCGGGCGACACCCAGGAGCUGCCCCCGGAACUGGUGGCGCAGGGCUGGCGGCGGCUGUGGUCCCGCAGGGAGAACAGACACUACUUCUGGAACCACCUCACCAACCAGUCACUGUGGGACCUGCCGCCGCUGCAUGGUGGACGGCAACAGUUUGACCCGGUGUCCGACCCACUGGGCAUCAUGGGUCAGCCGGGUCAUCCGGGUCAGGGCCUGAAGCGGCGCGCCUCGGAGGAGUUCGGCGGACCGGUCACCAAACGCAUCCCCAUCGUCCAUGGUCCGUGGGACCUGGAGAUUCCGACCAACGCGGUCAUCUUCGAGCGUCCGCCCAUCACCACUCCGCACCCACACCCGGACAUCGAGAUCAUGCGCGCCCAGCUGACCAACAAGCUGCGACAGACUUAUCAGGAGCUCUGCCACUCCAGAGAGGGUGUGGACGCCCCGGUGGGCUCGUUCAGCCGCUGGCUGAUGGAGCGCAAGGUGAUCGACUCGGGCACCGACCGGCUGCUGCCCUCGCUCUGCUACCCCGAAAUCUCCAUGUCCAUGUACCGCGAGAUCAUGAACGACCUGCCCAUGAAGCUGGUGAAGCCCAAGUUUACCGGCGAGGCGCGCAAGCAGCUCUCGCGAUACUGCGAGGCAGCCAAAAAGAUGAUUGAAUCCAGGACGGCCAGCCCGGAGAGCCGUAAGAUCGUCAAGUGGAACGUGGAAGACACAUUCCAGUGGCUGCGGCGCACAGUCGGAGCCUCUUUCGACGACUUCCAAGAACGCCUGCAGCACCUGAAGCGGCAGUGCCAGCCGCAGAUCACCGAGGCGGCCAAACAGUCGGUGGAGGCCAUCUGUCUGAAGGUGUACAACCUGUCGGCCGACUACGCCAAAAAGAUACACGAGAAACACUGGGAGCUGCUCAAAGAGCACAACAUCACAGAGAUUCACACAUCUCUGACGGUGGAGAACCCGCGCAAGGUGUGGUGUUUCCCGAUCCAGUACGCGCUGCCCUCACCGCGGCUGCCUCAGAUCGAGUACCUGCAGGACAAAGAGACCAUGAUGCUGCGCUACAAGGGAGAGGCGCUCAAAAUCAACACGCUCUACCUGCAGAAACUGGAGCAGCUGUACCGGUACAGCUGCAUCGAGGACCGCAAGCUGGACUCGUUCCUGACGCGCGUCUGGUGCAUGCUGAAGCGCUACAACACGUUCUGGGCGGCGACCGGUGGUGGGGAGACUUCGGCCACACAGGCCACGCAGGCGGCGCUACCUCUCACCGUCCUCGAGUGUCUACACAAAAACUUUGGGGUGACGUUCGAGCUGUUCGCCUCGCCGCUCAACUGCUACUUCAGACAGUACUGCUCCGCGUUCCCCGAUACAGACGGCUACUUCGGGUCACGGGGGAUGGUGCUCGACUUCAAGCCGACGCACGGCUCGUUCGAGGCGAACCCGCCGUUCUGCGAGGAGCUGAUGGAGGCGUGCGUCACCCACUUUGAGCGGCUGCUCUCGCAGACGGCCGAGCCGCUCUCGUUUGUCGUGUUCUUCCCGGAGUGGCGCGACCCGGCGCCGGCGGCGCUCAGUCAGCUGGAGGGCAGCAGGUGGAACCGGCGCCAGAUCGCGCUGCCCGCCUUCGAGCACCACUACCGCCAUGGCUUCCAGCACGUGGUCAGCAGAGCGGACUCGACCAUGCGCUCGGGCAACGGCACGGUGGUGGUCUGGCUGCAGAACGACGCCGGCCACGCGCGCUGGGCGCCCACCAAGGAGCGAGUGGACGCCCUCGCCGACGCGUUCCGACCCAACAAGGAGCGCCAGCGAGACCGGCAGGACCUGCUCUCCCCCGGCCGCAGGGAGAGCGGCAGCGCCGGGGAACACGCGCCCCCGGCGGCGGCGCCGGCGGCCGGCGCGCCGGGCCCGGCCCCGGCGGCCGCGGUCAGUCCGCCCGGCCCCCCGGCGCCGGGCCAGACGCCGUCCGUGCCGCCGGCGGUGUCUGCCGCGCCUCCCUCCACCGGCCAGCCCAGGCCAGACGUGGUGUCCGCCUAGGACCAGCAUCGGCGGAGAGGGAGCUCGUAUGUACAAAGCACACGUGCCAGGCCGCGGCUUUUAUCGUCUACGUUUUAGUGGAGUGGUUUGGUCUCGCUGUUUUGGGCUGGGGGUGCGGUGUUCGCGGAAGAGGGUAUAUUUUCACAUGCAGUGUGUCGAAUUAGUGACGUAUUAGCAAGAGGAAGGGUUACGAGUGUGGAUGACGUAUUGCCUGUAUGUCCGAGAUAUACCGUCUAUGAGUGAUUCGAACCGGGCGCUGUCUGUCGCGCUUGGGUUGCGCGAACAUGGCCUUACCUGACGCUAGCCUGUUCGCUGUUUCACCGUGUGGUUGUGGGGUCAGCUGUAGGUCCAUACAUGUCUCAUAGUAGCUCGCAGUCAACCACUAAAACAUACCGAUGCGGUGAGCGGUGCGUAGCGCGUCCCAAGUGAACCUGUCGGCGGAUGGGGCGGUGUUUUGUGGCCGAGACUGGACCCGAGCUUCUGAAAGAUGUCGGCUGUUUACUGCAGCGGAGAUCCAGUCCCGGCGAUCAGAGGCCCACCCGUGACCGUGAGGGCCUCUGUCAGUCCAGUGAGCCCGACAGUGAACAGUGUGGGGUGGGUCGGCGCCGGUCGCUCGGCGCUCCGAGUCUGCCGCGGUACUUGCCGUCAGCCGCCGCCCGCGCCAGCACGCCUCUCGUCCUGUUUUAUAUUUUUACACUGAAGCCUGUUGUGUUUUAUACGUCUGCUCGCAGCGGAAGCGGAAAGAGCGGUAUGUGUUGGCUGCGUGGGAAAUAGUGAGACUAGGGAGGUAGGGGGCGUCGGAGCUGGGUUUCGCGUCAGGGAUGGUACUUCGGGCCCGCUCGCGAGCGCGCGAGUUUGUUUUGAUACGGUCUGCUUGAUUGGCACACCGCGAAGCGCCCGCCGUGAUGUUGGAUUUGUCAUUGGAUUGGAGAGUCGUCGGAAUAUGCAUUAUUUCGACCGUG